UUCAAUAUCUUGUAAUGUAUUCUUAUGCCACAGGAGAACCUGGUGUACUUUCAAGAGGAGCUCAAAGAUACUAAACAGAUCCUCUCCAAUAUUCUUGGUUCUGCCCCACAGCCGGGGGGCCCUCCCACGGCCCCUCAACACGCAGAGCCAGAGCUGGUCAUUGUACCUUCUACCAAACCAUCAGCCCCGCCCACUAGUAGCUCCGUUAUUACUGUUGCCCCGCCCACAAGCCCAUUAAAAGCUAGUGCUAAUCUUGUGAGUAUGUCGGCUCCACCCGCUACAAUACAUGAGCCUCCGAGUAUCCCGCCCACUCGUAUUGAGACCAUACCUAAUAUAACGGCAGGAAAUAUGGCGUCAUCACGUAAGAGACCAAGGGACCUCUUUGUGGAGGGAGAGGAAGGAAGACAAGUGUAUGCUAAUAAAAGGAUUCCUAAGCCGAUACCAACUGCUACUCUAACUCCAACCAGUUCACAUGAUCAACAACAAGUAGCAGUGGAGCCACACCCAUCCCGUGUGACCCCGCCUACUAGCUCCGCCCCUUCAUCAGCUACACUACCAACUCCUCAUGCUCAUUACUCUCGUCCUUCUCCUACAGUCACUGCUGAGACCACACCUCUUAGAGAAGUAUCACCAAGUUUGACGGUUGCUAAUCAUCAAAGAUUAUUAAAUUUAAUAAAAGACGAUUGGAACUGCCUAGAUCUGAUGAUGACUACUCUAGAGGGUAUGGUGUCAAAGACCCAGCGAUCAUUAAUGACACUAAAGGAAAGAAUACACUUGGUAUCAACACUGACCUCAGCUCAUAAUAUGUACAAACAAUUUGAACAAGAACAAGAGCCCAUUAUACAGCAGAGGAUACAACAAGCAGUUGAUGAAGUGAAGACAAAGUCAUCAGAAGACAAACAGAAAGUAUUAAUGGACGCCAGCAGACAAUUGAGGGAAGCACUGAAAGAAGCUAAUGCACAAUCAAACUCAAAAGAAGUAAAGAAAGAGAGAGAGAGGGAGGGAGAGAGGAAGGGUUAG